GGGAGAGCACUUUUCAACCCUCCCCUGUGUUUUUUGGAAAUACUCUCUUCUAGUUUCUCACAGGUGUCUCUGAUUUAUUCAGGAGCGGCUAUGAGUCUGCUUCCAAGAACUUCAAUCCAGCCGAUGUGGAGGUGAACGUGGCUGGAAGAUCCUUUCUGGUCACUGGCGCAAACAGCGGCAUUGGCAAGGCCACUGCCAAAGAGAUAGCGAGGAGAGGUGGCACAGUUCAUCUGGUUUGCCGAAAUAAGGAGCGGGCUGAGGUUGCCAAAGGAGAAAUAGUGACAGAAACGGGCAAUCAGAAUAUCUUCUUGCAUAUAGUGGAUAUAUCUAAUCCCAAGGAAAUCUGGAAGUUUGCUGAAAAAUUCAAAAAUGAACAUAAAUUAAAUGUGUUGGUCAACAAUGCAGGAUGUAUGGUGAAUAACAGAGAAUUAACUGAAGAUGGACUUGAAAAAAACUUUGCAACAAACACUUUGGGUACAUAUAUUCUGACAACUGCCCUGCUGCCCCUCCUGGAAAAAGAAGCUGAUGCCAGAGUGAUAACUGUCUCUUCGGGGGGCAUGCUAGUUCAAAAAUUAAACAUAUCUGACUUGCAGUCGGGAAACGGGACAUUUGAUGGAACUAUGGUGUAUGCACAAAACAAGAGACAGCAAGUUGUCUUGACAGAGCAGUGGGCAAAAGCUCACAGAAACAUCCAUUUCUCUGUUAUGCACCCUGGCUGGGCAGACACUCCAGCUGUGAGAUCAUCAAUGCCAGAUUUCUAUCAGAAGAUGAAGAAUACUCUGCGCACAGAGGCCCAGGGAGCUGAUACUGUUGUAUGGUUGGCAGUAUCAUCUGAAGCAACAAAGUUACCGAGCGGCUUGUUCUUCCAAGACAGGCAACCAGUCCCUACACACUUACCCCUGGCAAGCACCCACAGUCCACCGGAGGAUGAGGAGAAGCUAAUGGAGGUACUGGAAGAGUUCUCCCAGAAGUUUAAAUCCACUUCUCCAGGAACUUAG